AUGCCCCAGGCCGGGCCGCGGGGCUUCUGGCGGGGCCGCGUCCUGCCGCUGCUGCUGGCCUACCUCUGCUACCUGCUGCUGGGCGCCGCCGUGUUCCAGUUCCUGGAGAAGCAGGCGGAGGCUCAGUCCAGGGACCAGUUCCAGCUGGAGAAGCUGCGCUUCCUGGAGAACUACACCUGCCUGGACCAGACAGCCCUGGAGCGGUUCGUGAGGGUCAUCAUGGAAGCCUGGGUGAAAGGCGUGAACCCCAAAGGCAACUCCACCAACCCCAGCAACUGGGACUUCGGCAGCAGCUUCUUCUUUGCAGGCACAGUAGUCACCACCAUAGGAUACGGGAACCUGGCACCCAGCACGGAAGCAGGGCAGAUCUUCUGCGUCUUCUACGCCCUGGUGGGCAUUCCUCUCAACGUGGUCUUCCUCAACCACCUGGGCACAGGGCUGCGCGCCCGCCUGGCCACCCCGGAGCCGUGGGAGGGCCAGCCCAGGCGUGCCCAGCUCCUGCAGGUGCUGGGCCUGGCUGUGUUCUUGACCUUGGGCACCCUGGUCAUUCUCACUCCACCCGCGCUCUUCAGCCACGUGGAGGGCUGGAGCUUCCGCGAGGGCCUCUACUUCGCCUUCAUCACGCUGAGCACCAUCGGCUUCGGGGACUACGUUGUGGGCACAGACCCCAGCAAGCAUUACCUCUCUGUCUACCGGAGCCUGGCGGCCGUGUGGAUCCUCCUGGGACUGGCCUGGCUGGCGCUCGUCCUCUCGCUGGGCCCCCUGCUUCUGCACAGGUGUUCCCAGCUGUGGACCUUCUCCAGGGGCUUCAAGGAUGGGGCCGCACCUGACCCCGAGGGCCCCCCCAGACCUCGCAAGAUCCCCAUCUCUGCAUGA